UACAAUAAAUUUGUUUGCAAUAUAUAAGAACACAAAGACAAAGAAAAUGGCAGAAGUUGCGAAGAAUUCAAUGGAAAAUACUGAAAACGAAUCAAAAUAUGCAAACCAGGGCUCCCAUGGAACAGAUAAUAAUGCUUCAGAACCACAAAAGGAGAAAGAUAAAAAGGAUUCCAAAACUUCAGGCCCAUUGCCAGUAAUGGGAGAGCACUACCUUGUCAGACGACCAGACGGGACAUGGCAUGCGGCAGAAAUUAUCCAAAGUAGGGGCAUGGAUCAUGGCAGUGGAAAGCACGAAUACUAUGUACAUUACGAAGGAUUUAAUCGCCGUUUGGAUGAGUGGGUUGAGAUUGACAGACUUGACCUGAGUAACAAACUGGAAGAUCCGCACUGUAAAAUCAAGGACAUGUCUAUCCUGAUGACAGACUUAAGUGAUGGAACCGACAGAAAAAUCACGCGGAACCAAAAACGAAAACAUGACGAGAUUAACCAUGUACAGAAGACUUACGCAGAGAUGGACCCUACAACAGCUGCACUGGAGAAAGAACAUGAAGCCAUUACCAAAGUGAAGUACAUAGAUAAAAUUCAGAUUGGCCGAUAUGAGAUUGAUGCUUGGUAUUUCUCCCCUUAUCCUGAGGAGUAUGGGAAACAGUCCAAGUUGUGGAUCUGUGAAUUUUGUUUGAAGUACAUGAGAUUAGAACGCUCUUACCGCUAUCACCAGAGUCAAUGUAUUUAUCGCCACCCUCCAGGAAAAGAAAUUUACAGGAAAGGAACAAUUUCACUUUUUGAAGUAGAUGGAAAAGAUGCAAAGAUUUACUGUCAGAAUCUUUGUUUACUGGCCAAGCUAUUUCUGGAUCACAAAACACUGUAUUUUGACGUGGAACCUUUCAUGUUUUACAUACUGACAGAAGUAGACAGACAGGGUUGUCAUUUGGUGGGGUAUUUCUCAAAGGAGAAAGAGUCUCCAGAUGGAAAUAAUGUAGCCUGCAUAAUGACCUUACCACCAUUCCAAAGAAAAGGAUAUGGAAAGUUUCUGAUUGCUUUCAGUUAUGAACUGUCCAAACUGGAGGGAACUGUGGGGUCUCCGGAGAAGCCUCUCUCUGACCUGGGCAAGCUCAGCUACAGGAGUUACUGGUCCUGGGUCCUCCUGGAAAUUCUCCGAGAUUUCCGAGGAACAUUGUCCAUCAGGGAUUUAAGUGAGAUGACCAGUAUAACACAGAAUGACAUCAUCAGCACUCUACAGUCUCUCAACAUGAUCAAAUAUUGGAAAGGACAGCAUGUCAUCUGUGUCACACCAAAGCUUGUGGAAGAACAUUUAAAGAGUGCUCAGUACAAACGCCCGGUGCUUACUGUCGAUUCAUCAUGUCUCCGCUGGGAACCGCCUCGUAGGAAUCAGAAACUGGUCAAGAAAUAAUCAGCAGCUUCUGAAGAAAAGCCAAAAAACUGGACUUAAACUAAGAUUUCUUUUAUGACCCAGCCAGCAUCAAUGUUUUGUUUUUUAAAAAAUAUGGAGGGUUUACUGAAAGAUACUUCUAUCUGUGCAUGUAAUUCAAACUUAGUAUUGUGCAAUAAUUUUAUGUCAAAAGCUAAAAAAACUGAAAAGAAAUGUAACAAUAAUGCUACUAUAAGUAAAAAAAACCCCAGUGGUCUGUAUUACUGCUUUUCAUAGGCUCUAUGUGUUUAAAGUGUCUGUUUUGUUGUACAUAAAGCCUUUCAAAUUAAAUUUGAAACAUUAUUUCAGAUUUUUCUUCCUGUUUUGUCAAAUGGCUACAGACUUGCUCUACUAGUUUAGAUUAACAAUUAUCAAUGAGUAACAUCUUCAAUACUGGUUAAAUAAAAUUUUAUUUUUAUUCCAUUCUCCCACUUAAAAUUUUGAUUCCUUAUUGUGACCCCAUCCCACUAUUGUUGACACUACAGUAAAACCCACAUAUAAAGUGCCAGGGAUGAACAAUUUUACUCUGGUAUUAAAGGUGCUUUGUAAUUUGAAGUUAAUAUUUUCUCAGAUUUUCAGUUUGUCAUGACAUAUGUUGCUAUAGCAUUUCACACGAAAAUAUAUUAAAAACAUUUAUUUU